AAGAAAACAAUAGUCAUAAAAUAUUUCUCCUCUCUCUCUCUCUCUCUCUCUCUCUCUCCCCUACCCUCUUGAAACAUUACAGAUACUUGUAUUGUGAAUUCAAGAAGAGCCUAUCUAAAUUCAUAAAGGGUUUAGUUGAUUUUAUCUUCUUUCUUUAACACCAUUAACAGUGAUAAUGUCUUCAUUGUCUAAAGGUUCCUGGCCUCUGGUACUGUUUUUAGUAUUGUGGUGCAUGGUAGUUAGAGAAUCAAACGGAGCUCCCAACAAUGUAAAAGUUGGAAGCAUUUCAAAAGUGGAAGAUGCUGAGAAUUUCCAUAUCUAUUAUGGACAAACCUUUAAAGUCAUCAAGAACGCCAUUGAUGGCAAGAGCUAUCUCCUUAUUCAGAACUCUUCUAGAAUGGCCGUUCGGACAAAGUAUUGUACUUCUAGGAUUAAGUCAUAUGUGAUUCCACUAAUCAACUACUCAGUUGACACUCAAUCUUCUCAAGGAGGCAUUCCGGUUUCUUUCUUUGAGCUACUUGGAUUACUUGGGAGCUUGAAGGGAAUAACAUCGGAAGCGGUAGCUUCACCGUGUGUUCUGAAACUCUACGAGGCAGGGGAAGUAGUUAAGCUUGACAAAGGUGAACAACAAGGGCAGGUGUUAUCUCAGUUCGCAGCCCAUUUCAUCAGCGACACUGACCAACCUCAGACUUGCAAUUUUGCAAAUUUUUUCCCACUCAGUGAAGGCACACCUCUUCAGCGAGCGGAGUGGAUCAAAUUCCUUGGAGCUUUUACCAAUCUUGAAACUAAAGCCAAUCAAGUCUAUGAUGCGGUUAAAUCAAGCUAUACUUGCUUGUCUCAAAUGGCUGCCAACAAGACAAAAUCCUUCAAGCCAAUUGUAGCCUGGAUGGGAUAUGAUCAAAAUGGAUGCAUUUGGAGUUUCACUAAGGAAUCACACAAGCUAAAGUUUAUAGAAGAUGCGGGUGGAGAAAAUAUCGACAAAUCUAUAAACAAGGUCUCUUACAAUAUCACUGAUCCUGAUGAUUUGGAAGCACUCCAUGCCAUUUUAUGCACUGUGGAUGCGGUGAUCGAUGAAACGCUAUCGUCAGACCCUCAGAAUUACACACAGACAACGUUCUUGGGGAACAUCAACGUGGAUGAUAACUCUUGUUUUGCGUUUCUUGCGAAUCAGAGCAUCUGGAGAUAUGACAAAAGGGUCAGAAACGGAACAACUCUUGACUGGUACGACGGAGCAAUCUCACAACCAAACCUAGUACUGGCUGAUAUUGUGGAAGCCUUGUUUCCAACGGGAAACUAUACAACUUCAUACUUCAGAAACGUCGCUAAGGGUGAAGGAGUCAUAAACAUUAGUUCGGAUAUGUGUGAUAGAGACACAUCAUUGCCGUUAGUUCCUACAGUUCCAGCUUGUGGAUGAUGUUCCUAUUUUUUAACAGCUCUCCAAGCAUUCCACAAGAAACGUCGAACGUAUUAUUUGGCAAUGAUAGUUGUUAGAGAUUUUGAUUUUGUCCAAGAUUAUUAGGGGAUUAUGCAUUGGACUAAAUGGCAGGUUGGUCUAGUUAUGUUGGGAAGACCAACAAUAAUAACCAACUAUAUAUAUUUGCUUAGCUCAUUCGUUAUGGUUCUUUGGUUUGUUCGGAUUGCAAAACUUCUACUGAAUUGACUUAUAUUCGGUUUCAUUAUGGAAAACUUUGGCGCAUAUAUACUUAUAUUU